AGUUUGUGUUGUGGAUGUUGGCCUAUCAACAACAGGUACCUAUUACGCGAAGUUUUUUCCGUGUGCAAACAAAUCAGUGAAAAAAAUAAUUUAUUAUAAUAACAUUUAAUAAAUAAUAAUUAUUAAAUAUCUGUGUGAAUUAAUCGUAAACAAUGAGAGAUUUUAUAAAAGAAGGAAAAUUUAUCGCUACUGUGGGAAUUUUCUUCCUUGGACUAAUCAUUGGAACACAGGCAGAUUUACCCUCCACUAUAAAGACGUGCUCAAGGAAUCUCCCCCGACCUGAGGAAUGCAUUAUUGAUGCCGUUGACAAACUAAGACCUGACCUAUCAGUCGGAGAUCUGGGUGAGAAUUUCAAGACACCCCCGCUGGAGCCUAUGAUGAUUGAAAAUAUUGAAAUGCAUCGUGGACAGGAAUUCAGAGCAAUUUUCACCAAUCUACUCGUCAAUGGGCCAAGUCAAUUCGUAGUUGAGAAAUUAAAGGCUGAUAUCAACAAUCUCGCUUUUGAUUUCAAUAUUUUCCUACCUCAAUUAAAUUUUACUGGAAAAUAUGCAUUGAAAAUUCGUAUCCUACUUCUCGAUAUUGGUGGCAAAGGCAACGUUCGAGGAACUCUCUCACGAACAAGGGCUGCUGUUAAAUUACGUGGUAACAAAGUAAUGGAAGAUGGUUUUGAGAGAGUUAAAUUUCAUCGACUUCAGGCCAAGAUUAAAAUUGAGGACCAAAAGAUCUUUUUGGACAAUCUCUUUAAUGGGGAUCCAGUCCUUGGACAAGUAGGAAAUCAAGUAAUAAAUGAUAACUCCAAACUCUUCCUUAGUGAAAUUAUUCCUGGUUUGGAAAAGAGUUUGUCAAAAACAUUCCUCGAUAUUGCAAAUAAUAUUCUCAAGAAUUCCACAUUUGAUGAAAUGUUCCCAGACGUUUAACUCAUUAAAAAAAAAAACAAAAUCAUGGAAUUCAUUAAAAAUAUAUACAUACCUAAUGUAAGAUCAAAUACCUUAGUUGAAGUUUGGUGUAAAAAAUGCACCGAAAGAAUGGAAGAAUCAUUGCAAUUGUACAACUUUGCUAUGUAUUUAUAUUUUUUUACUUGCAACAAGUAAAACAUAAUUAUAACUGACAAUUUUUUUCCUUCUCCACGUCGAUAUAUCAUCAGAUAAAAAAAUAAUGUUGACUUUCAUUGCUGUAGAUCUCAUGAGGAAUAAGCAGGGACAAUUUAUUUCAAUUAUAUUAUACACAAAUCGUGAUGAUUGCCAUAAUUGUUCUCUGUCAGACAACGCAAGAAAGUAGAAGAUGAAAAAAAUAAAAAUUUCAGUAUGUGAUAAAAUUGGAGACAUAGAGUAUUAAAAUUUUCUUUUUAUUGUUAAAGGUGCUUGAGAACUUAUCUUAUUUACAAGAAUUUAUGUAGCAAAACUACUUCAUCCUCAGACACAACACAACCCCAUCAGCUAUGAAGAUUGUCUAUGCAGUUGACCUUGACUCUCAAUCCACUGGUUAUAAUAAAUAAAAUACAAUAGUAAAUAUACCUAGGUGGUUUUAAAAAUAUAAUAAAAAAGAAAAUAA